AUGUCGUUGCUGGUGUUUCUGAUUGCAGCGGCCCAUUGCGUGUACACACCAUUCACGAAGGUUGAGGAAAGCUUCAACCUGCAGGCAAUCCACGAUCUACUCUACCACCGGACGAAUCUUACCGAGUACGAUCAUCAUGAGUUUCCGGGCGUGGUGCCACGCACCUUUCUGGCACCGAUGUUCAUCACGUUCCUGGUGACGCCAAUCGCAACGCUGCUCGAAAUGUUCGAGAUCAACAAGUUUUGGAUGCAAUAUGCAGUUCGAUUUACUCUUGCCGCCACGGUCGUGUUUGCUUGGAACCGGUUAAAGGUGACGAUUCUUCACAAGUUUGGCGUUACGGUCGGUGUUUGGUUCAUGCUGAUCACCGCCACCCAGUUCCAUUUCAUGUUCUACAUGAGCCGGCCCUUACCUAACAUAAUGGCCCUACCGCUCGUGCUGCUCGCGAUCGACUUUUGGUUAAACCGGUGCGUCAAACGCUUCAUCUGCUGUUCCGGUGCUGCGAUCAUAAUUUUUCGCGCCGAACUUGCGAUGUUGCUUGGGCUGUACUUGCUGUACGAUAUCUACUACAAGCGGAUCUCAUUGCCAGUGUUCCUGCGUACUGCCAUACCGGCCGGUGUGUUUCUAAUCGCACUUACCAUCACCGUCGACAGUUUCUUCUGGCGUCGGUUACUGUGGCCUGAAGCGGAAGUGUUCUGGUUUAACACCAUCCAGAACAAAAGCUCCGAAUGGGGCACAUCGCCCUUCCUGUGGUACGUGUAUUCUGCGCUGCCCCGUGCGAUGGGCCUUUCGAUCGUGUUUGUACCGUUGGGGUUGUAUCUGGAGACACGCAUCCGGUCACUGGUGGUACCUGCUGUGGUGUUUGUACUUCUGUUUUCUUGCCUGCCGCACAAGGAGCUCAGGUUCAUCAUCUACGUGUUUCCACUGUUUAAUGUGGCUGCCGCCUGUGCGUGUAAUCGGCUGUGGCUUAAUCGACAGAAGAGUUUGUGGAACAAAUUCCUUUCGUUUGUAUGUAUCGGCCAUCUGUUCGGAAACACACUGCUCACGAUGUUUCUGCUACUGGUGGCCGGUACUAACUAUCCCGGCGGUGUAGCCAUCUCCAGAUUCCAUCGCCUAGCAGCCGGAGAAAUGAACGUAUCCGUCCACAUCGAUAAUCUCUCCGCCCAAAGUGGCGUUUCGCGGUUCGCUCAAAUUAAUCCCGACUGGACUUACAGCAAACUGGAGAACCUCCGACCAGACGACGAAAUGUUGCACCGGUUUGAUUAUCUGCUAACGGAGGCACAGGACAAGUAUUCCGACAAGAUGCGCGUCCUGUCGCAGACGCAUGAAAUCGUCGAGUUUGUCGAGUGUUUUAGCAGCAUCGGGUUGCAGUACCGGUCGGUGCUGCCGGUAAAAAUUAAAACCAAACCGUGCAUCUUUAUUAUGCGCCGCCGGUAUGAUCUCGCAAGCGAUCGGUUACGGUGGUCGUCCAUGUUGGAAGGUGGCUUGGAUGGUAUAUCGAACGACGAACCCACCGUGCCUCGUACCGAACAGGAUGACGAAGACGAGGAUGAGGAGGAAGAAGCGAAUGAAGAGGCAGACGAGGAAGAAGAGGAGCAUGUUGAAACUAACGACGAAGAACAAACAGUGCCAGUCGAUGAUGAAGCUAAGGACAACAUUGUAGAAACGGUGGACGAAGAAAAGCGACCGGAAAGACGGAAACGAAGCCUCUUCAAAAACGCAGCUUUUCGGACUAAUUCCAAACGAUCUGGCCUUUUACCGCUACCGAAGCUUCGGUCUAUUAAUGGGAAGGAGGUUACCGACCGCUCGGACAACAGCAAUCAACCGAGCGCAGCAAUAGACGACGAAGAGGAUGAAGCGGACGAUGAGGCGCUAAAGUCAGCGGAACGAAUCAAACAUUCUGCUUCCCAUCAACAACAGAGUACAUCCAACGGUCGGUUGAAGGACGCGCGUAAGCUCAUAAAGGAGGAAAGGAUGCGUAGGAUGGCAAGCAAGCUAACGAAGGCGAGUUUCAGCGAGGUGUGCAAUCUGGACCGGAUGUCGAUGAAGGAGUGCCUCAAAAAGUUGAUCGACGACAGUGGCACACUAGCGGACGAACUGGAUGACGAGGAGGAUUAG